CGAAAAACAACAAACGAGAUAACACGUCCGUUCAUUAUUACACGCGCAACAAGAACGGCUACUGUAAUUUCAUUAUUAUUUUAGUAAAACAAUAACAAUAUUAAUAUUUUAAAAUAAUAAUAUAGGUAAUCAUGUACAAAACGAAAUGUCUGAUAACGUCCUUUUAGCUUAAGUGUUGAAAUUCAAUCCGUCGGUAAUCUUAAACAUUAUAUAUCUUUAAUUUUUUUCUCCUUUUUUUUUUCUUUACAAAUGACACAGUAUGUACUGCCAGCCAAACUGCAACAACUCUACGUCCAAAUUGAAAGAUGGAGUUACCAUGAGAGAAAAGAAGAGUGGUGCUUUAAGCAAAGUUCAAAAAAUUAAAAAACGCCUGAGCCAUAGUUUUGGUCGACUUUCUAUUUCUAAAGAAGAUCCUGACCGCAAUAGAACAUCUAGGGAUGCAUUGCCGAGUAAAUUGCAAUUCAAUGGUUAUUCUGAAGAGUAUCUUGAUCGAAUUGAACCAAACGGAAAUAUUCCUUGUGCCAAUGAUGAACACUUGUCCAGAUACGAUUGGAGUUCUGGUCUUGGUGAUCAAGAACGAGUUAAACGGCAGUUAUCCGUUUCGUCUGAUUCAAAGCUGUUAGACGAAGCUAUAUGUGAGGAAACGCGUGUCAUACUAAGACCUAAAAAACCUCCUAGGCCUAAAUCAGAAGUGUUCCUAAAUCAACCCAACCACAGACGAACCAAACGGUAUUCGGCAUUUGGGGGAGAUUCUCCGUUUGGAAAAUCAGAGGCGUACAUAAAAUUAGAUCCGCUUGGUGAAGGUUCCUAUGCUACCGUGUUUAAGGGGUACAGUAAUUUGACCAAUCAAGUCGUCGCGUUAAAAGAGAUAAGACUACAAGAAGAAGAAGGUGCACCUUUCACGGCGAUCCGUGAAGCUUCGUUGUUGAAAGAACUGAAGCACAACAACGUGGUCACUUUACAUGACAUUGUGCACACACGUGAAACACUUACAUUCGUUUUCGAAUACGUUCAUACUGAUUUGUCACAAUACAUGGAAAGACAUUCAGGAGGUCUAGAUUAUUCUAACGUACGACUAUUCAUGUUUCAAUUAUUCAGAGGCUUAGCAUAUAUACAUCAACGCCGUGUACUUCAUAGAGAUGUUAAACCCCAGAAUUUGCUCAUCAGUGAGAUAGGAGAACUUAAAUUAGCUGAUUUUGGACUGGCUCGUGCUAAAUCAGUGCCAAGUCAUACAUACUCACAUGAAGUAGUCACAUUGUGGUAUAGACCACCAGAUGUCUUGCUUGGGUCUACAGACUAUUCAACAUCCUUAGAUAUGUGGGGUGUUGGAUGCAUAUUUAUUGAGAUGAUUACUGGUGUGCCCACAUUCCCUGGAGUACGUGAUACAUAUGAUCAAUUGGAUAAAAUAUUUAAGAUUUUGGGUACACCUACAGAAGAACAUUGGGAAGGUUGCACACAUCUAAAAGGUUAUAAAGAAGGAAGAGGAAAAAUAUUUAUGUACCCACAUCAAAAACUUGGCCAUGUGUUUCCUAGGUUGUAUGACAUUGCUGAAGGCGAAAACUUAGCUACGUCAUUACUUCAGCUUAAUCCAGAUUUGCGUAUAAACGCUCCAGCUGGUCUUAGGCACAAAUAUUUUCAAUCCCUUCCCAAAGCUAUAUAUGAUCUUCCAGAUGAGGUGUCUGUUUUCAGUGUAAAGGGUAUUCAUCUGAGUCAUGAAUCAAGAACUACGUUCAAGUGUUAAAUGUUUUUUUUUUUUUUUUUAGUAAUUCUGAAGUUAUUACUAAUUAUUAGCUCAAUAAAAUUAAAAUAAUAAUAUUAUAUUUAAGUAUAGUUGUUUACCAGAAACAUUGAGUUGUGCGGCCCAAUCGGGGCUUUACGCGUCUCGGCUGUUGAGCCAUUUUACUGUGAUGAUGAUUAUUUUAUAUUUCCUAUAUUCAUACUUAUAAAUGUUAGUAUAUCAGUGUUGUAAAGGGCUUCUAGAGUAAAAAUAUUUGAAUAUUAAAAAAAAAAAAACAAUCAGUUAUUUUACAAUAAUACACUUAUUAAAAAUAUAAAAAAAAAGAACAAAGAGGAAAUAAGAUAAUAUAAAAUAUGUAUUUUUAGAGCGAUAAUAAUCUUUUUGUGUUUACUACUUAUACAGUUUUCACAACUAAAAUAUUAGAAUUUAAGGCAAAUGAAAUUGCUCAACAAAGUGGGGGUCAACUGUAUAACAAUCUAGUAACAUUACAAUAUGUAUACUUACUAAUACAUAUAUUUGUAUUGAUAAUAUUAAACAUUAAAUUUAAACUGAACAAAAUAACUUAAAUACUGUCCCCACAUUCGCUUUGCCGUCCCUUGAACGUCCACUUCAUGUAAAAUUAUUGUGUUUGAAAAACAUUCCUAAAAAUGCAUCAAUCACAAAAUUUUCCCUUAGGAUUAUAUUUGUUUUUGAAUAGUAUAUUUUACAUUUGUCGCUUGCCGUCCAAUUGGUCCGUCAAAGCAAAAUAUUCCUCUAAAAAUAUUUUAUUUAGCCGAUAACAACAUUUUCAAGAUGACAUCAGGUCUUUUGUUAUUGUUAAACUAUUUAAUAAAAGUUAAUGAUCCGUUUACAUUCAUUUAUAUUAAUGGUUGUGUUUUU